CUGUUAGACCUCAAAGAGUUCAGGAGCAGUACCAUACUGAGAGGUGGCCUCUAAUGCACUCUGCGCUAAAAUGACCGUGCAAACGGUUCAUCUUGAGGCUGAAGGCUGUUACAUAAGUCUUCUCUCUGUGCCACUUACUCUUUAAGGGACCAGUCUUGCCAUCAUCCCAUUAGCAGGAGUUAUUUUCAGGUGCCACCUCUUUUUAUUAGUAUCUGGAUCUAAUAGGUUCAGACACUGGAGAGUGCGGAGGCCAGUCGGCAGAGAUCACAGAGUCACAGGCUGCCUGGACCAGAAGGUGUGCGAGGCGAGGGUGCUCCCUACCUCUGCAGGGCACAGCCAUGGGUAACAAACACCCAAGUCUGGAUGACAUCCUCGCUGAGGACAUGCACCACUGGUACAACAAGUUCAUGAGGGAGUCUCCAUCAGGCCUGAUCACGCUUUUUGAGCUCAAGUCCAUUCUGGGACUGCAGGGGAUGAAUGAGGACGCCAACAGUUACGUGGAUCAGGUGUUCUUCACUUUCGACAUGGAUGGGGAUGGAUACAUAGAUUUUGUGGAAUAUAUCGCUGCUGUUAGCUUGAUGCUCAAGGGGGAGAUUAACCAGAAACUCAAGUGGUACUUCAAACUUUUUGACCAGGAUGGCAAUGGGAAAAUUGACAAGGAUGAAUUGGAAACAAUAUUUACGGCUAUACAAGACAUUACAAGAAAUCGUGAAAUUGCUCCAGAGGACAUAGUGACCCUUAUAUAUGAAAAGAUUGAUGUUCAUGGAGAAGGCGAACUGACGCUGGAGGAGUUCAUUGAAGGAGCGAAAGGACAUCCUGACAUUAUGGAUAUGCUGAAGAAACUGAUGGACCUCACUCCAGUCCUGGUUAUUAUUUUCAAUGGGGCGACAGAAACAAGUCAAGGCAAGGGCUGAGUUUACUCCAGCUAAAGGACAAUGAAGAAAAUUCCCCUCUUGAAAAUUAAAAAUUGAGUUUGGAGGUCUAGCUCUUGAGGAUCAGAUGUAGCUUCCCACGGCACUGGUGCGAUUUCCUCGACCGAAAGUUCACAUGAGAACUCUGACUUUUGCCCAAUCACGGUGACCUACGACUCCAGCGGAGAUACAAAGCCUUGCAUCGGAGCUGUCCUCAGGUGAACAUUGAUCCUCUAAUGCUAUUAGGGGUUCAGGAGACUAAGAAACUGCUGGCAAGACUUAGGCCUGAGCAAUGUGGUGCUUUUUAAGGAAAGGCUCAGAGGAGAACACUGAGCAUUCAUCUAGUGACUUUCAUUGGGUGAGCACAUCAUAUAAUCCAUGUACUUGUGCUUAAACUGUUUAUGGCAUCACUAGAUUGCUCUGAGAGUAAACUCUGAGACAGUCCAUUGACGUGGCCUGAAUUGCCCUAAAAACUGUGAAUUAAACAACCUAUAGAGCAGUGGUUCUCAACUUGUUUUUGCCUACAUUUUAUAUAGCACAUCAAAUGGCAACCCAACACAUAAAAAAAAUUGUAAAUCAAACAUUUCUAUAAAAUGUUGUAUUCAACAUAUUAUUACAAUGAACUGCAUUAUUGCGGCACAGUAAACAAAUUAGUAACAUGUAACAAAAUGUUGAACACAUCUUAGGCUCAUCAACUUCCCAUAUACUGAGGUCAAUUUAUUUUGCUCUCCACGACCCAUCAGAACAGACCUAAGACCCAUUUUUUGGGUUGCGACCCAACAUUUGAGAAUCACUGUCACUGAUAACAUAUCGCAAAUACAGCACUUUAUACAAGGAACGCAUUAAAUUUACCUGAUCAAGUUAUCUGACACAGUAGGUGCAAAAGAAAUGCAUUAAAUGCAUUUCCACCUGUUAUUUUAGCUGACCUAACUGACAGUUUUAAAUACUAGCAAGUGCAUGUUUUAGACUCAUUUACACUACUGGUCAAAAGUUUGGGGUCAGU